GCUCAGAGGACUUUAAAAAGGGACAGGGAGAUAGAGAAAGGACUACCACAAGCGAGAAACCCGCCGGCUCAUCAGACACCAUCAGAAAAGCACUUUAAGACUUUAACAAAAGUAAAUAAACACAAUGGCUGACGUCGCUGUUCCCGCUGACAAGAGGGCACCUCCCAAAUUCAAGCAGAGGGCCAUGCGCACCUUCAAGAGCAAAGCCCCUAAGCCAGGCCAGAAGGGGUUCGGAGACGACAUCCCCGGCAUGGAGGGUCUCGGCACAGACAUCACAGUGGUCUGCCCAUGGGAAGCCUUUGGAGACAUGGAGCUGAGCGACCUGGCGAAAUAUGGAAUUGUUUAGACCUCAGCCGUCUGAUUUUGACCCCAGUGUUCGUUAUACGCUGAUUAGGCCACCGCUUUUCAGUAUGAGCCAGGAUUUUAGAGGGAUUUAGAGAUUCCACCUGAAGAAAAAUGGAGAGCAGUGUCUUGUAAAAUGCACUUUACCCCCCCCCCCCCCCCCCGCCCUCCACCAUUUCCUCUUGUCCUUUCCUACUUUCCUUCACCCUUGCCCCUUACCCCCAAAUCUCAGAAUAACAGGCAGCUCUUGAGCAUAGCAUUCCAAAAACAAAGAAGUAAAGCACCGCUCGAGCUGAGUACAGAUGUGUUUAUCUGAUUUCCCUACCUCUUCCUGAAGCUGCUAAUUGUGAAUAAACAGUGAAGUCUAUUUGUGUAUUAUCCGAAUCAGAUUUAUUUUUAUGUGAAGGUCUACAGUGAACUCUGCUGUUCUGUAAAUUCAACCAAGCCUGUCUACUUUGUCAGUAAAAGUAAAGAAUGAUUCCAUUUGCACAAUAAAUGUUCAUAUUUUAAUAAGCA